AUGCCAUCUGAUUCCUGCGAUCACCGGCGAACUACCAUCGCAAAGACGCACAACGUCGGUGGUUGUGGUGGUGCUGCUGGUGCAGGUGCACCGCCGCCUGAACCCGAACACCUUCCGUGUCCACGUUGCGAUUCUACCAACACUAAAUUCUGUUACUACAACAACUACAACUUCUCUCAGCCGCGUCAUUUCUGCAAAGGAUGUCGCCGUUACUGGACUCACGGUGGCACUCUUCGCGAUAUCCCCAUCGGCGGUGGAAGCCGGAAGAAUGCUAAACGUUCUCGUGUCACCACCAACGCUCAUGGCAACUCUAGUAUUUCGCAUUCUUUGGAAUUCCGUCAUAUGGCUCCGCCGACUGGUACCCCGAUCUUGAUUCCGUUUGCCGGUGAGCACGGCGGAGGAUUGCAUUUUCUCGGCGAAGGGAAGUCCGGGAUGAGUAUGUGUGAGAGUUUUACGUCGUUGUUGAAUAAUACACAUGGGCCUGGUUUCUUUGGAGUCGGAGGAUUUGAAGAUGGGAGCUUUGGUUUUGGAAGGUCGAUUUGGCCGUUUGCCGGAAUCGGAGACGGUGGUUCUGUUCAGUAUGCGGCGGGUGGUGGUGGCGGCGGAGGGAGUAUGAUCGGCGGUGGGCAUACGUGGCAGGUGGAGAGUGGAGAUGGUGGAGAUUGUUUUACUUUGCCGGAUCUUGCUAUUUCUACACCUGGAAUGAUAUGA